AUGGCGUAUACCCUGCCUUCGGGCACUACCCUUGAGAAGACCAUCCCCCGCAACAUCUGCGAGCUCUCUUUCAGUCGGUCCAGCGGGCCGGGCGGGCAAAAUGUGAACAAGGUCAACUCCAAGGCCACCUUGAAAGUCCCAUUGGACGCCUUGCUGCCCUUGGUUCCCCGUCUGAUACACCGUCCACUACGCACUUCCCGAUAUGCCGCCGAAAGAGCCCAAUGUCUAAUUAUCCAGUCGGACGAGGAGCGGAAACAGUCUAGCAACGUGGAAUCCUGCUUUGACAAGCUCUAUCAGCUAUUGCAGAGCUCGGCUAAGGAGGUGAUCCCCGGGGAAACAUCCCAAGAGCAAAGAAAUCGCGUGCAAAAAUUGCAGAGGGCUCAAAAUGAGGGUCGGAUUAAAGACAAGAAACAGCACAGCGACAAGAAAAGCAGUCGCCGGGGAAGCAAAUACGAUGAUUGA